AUGUCAAAGAAGCCAGCGUGGAACUUCGACAAGGUCAGCUACAACCUGGAACAAAGAAACAACGUCGCGGACAAGGGCACAUUCCAGGUAAGUGAUCAGUGCAACAAGAUGGCUGACAAGUGCUUGGAUGGACAGGUCUGUGGGUGGUCUGCUGCUGUCAGAGGGGGCGAGGGGGGGGCCAAGAGGCUGUUGAAUGUCAGGCCCGAGAGCUUGGCCGAGUGGAAUAAAGAAGUGGAGAAACGGAGUGGAGUGGAGGUUAGCCGCCGCGGUGCUCGUUGUCCAGAUGACCUCUCCAACGUGCCUGCCAACCACUCGCUCCAUCAUGCAGACUCCAGCGGCUGA